AUGUAUAUGGACGUCGUGACAGGCAUUCUAGCUCCCGGCGCGCUCGAUACGUCCAUCAGCCAAGAGCAGAAUACCUCGAUUGACAUCGGCCUAGAAAAGCUCUCUAAAAACCUUGCAUCGCUUUUGGUGCUACCCACUGAGGGUAAAGGCAGCGAGCCGAUCUAUAUCGGAAGCAUGUUCCAGUUUGUCCUGCAUACGAACAACACGACUGUUGAAGAUCGGCAGAAUGAACAUUUAGAGAAUGAACAGGAUUGA